AUGUCGUCGAGACGGCCAGUCUAUCUGAACCCCGCCUCAGGCGAGCGCUGUGAAUGUCCUCCAGUGGCAGGCCUCGCCGAGUUUCACAAAUCGCUUCCAAACUAUGCUCCAACUCCGCUAGUUUCUUUGAAUGAACUUGCCACGGAACUCGGUAUUCGUGCAAUCUACGUCAAGGAUGAAAGUAACAGAUUCGGCCUUCCUGCUUUCAAGGCUCUUGGCGCGUCGUGGGGUUGUUUUCGGGCUAUUGCCCGGCAAGUUGGACUUCCAACAACUGCCUCUUUGGAUGAAGUUUCUAUCUGCGCCAAGGCGAACUCGAUCACCUUGAUUGCGGCUACAGAAGGGAACCAUGGAAGAGCUGUUGCUUUCAUGGCCCGGUUGAUGGGCAUUGAAGCGCGGAUCUUCGUUCCUCAAUCUAUGGAUGAGACCACGCAGGGCUUCAUCACCGGUGAAGGUGCUCGCGUGUUUGUUGUCCAGGGCUGUUAUGAUAUGGCAGUUCAAGAAGCUUAUGAUCAAUCACACCGGAUUGAAAAUGCACUUUUAAUUCAGGAUACUGCAUUCGAGGGGUACGAGGAUGUUCCCGCUUGGAUUGUCGAGGGGUACUCGACUAUGAUGAACGAGGCUGAAGAGCAGCUCUCUCAGCUUGGUCUAUCUGCAAGCGUGAUGGUCACUCCUGUUGGUGUCGGCAGCCUUGCGCAUGCGGUCGCAAAACAUUGCAAGUCUAGGGAAAGACCUGUCUCGGUUGUCGUCGUUGAGCCUGACUCUGCACCUUGUCUCUCGUCUAGUCUGCGUGCUGGGAAAUCGGUCCCGGUGCAGACUUCUGACACUAUUAUGGAUGGCAUGAACUGUGGUACCGUCUCGUCAACCGCUUGGUCUGACUUACAACGUUUUGUCGAUGCAAGUAUCACUGUCUCGUCCUAUGAGAGCCACCGCGCAGUUCAGUAUCUCACUUCCAAGUCAGUGAACGCUGGGCCUUGCGGUGGUGCUUCUUUGGCCGCCCUUCUCUGCUUGGCUGCUGACAAGGAACGGUUCGCCGUUCUAAAAGAAGACUCUGUUGUGGUUCUCCUGGCCACCGAGGGUGCACGGAAAUAUCAGACCCCCCGCGACGUUUCCGUGGAAGACACGGUUGGUUUGACGCAGGCGCUCACUCAAAUUAACUCUUCUAACCCGACUUUGUCUGUGAGCGAUGGUGUCGGAGAGAGUGAAAUUGCCGAUUAUUUAUCUGCUUGGCUCGCUCAUCGGGAUAUCGAAUUCCACCGCGUCGAGCCAACCGCUGGACGCCCAUCAAUUGUUGGUGUUCUCCGGGGAAGCGGAGGAGGCAAAUCAAUCAUGUUCAAUGGCCAUAUUGACACAGUCAGCUUGUCCAGCUACGAGAAGGAUCCCCUCUCUGGUGUCCUGGGAACGAAAGACGGCAAGCAAGUAAUCUUCGGAAGAGGCACCUUGGAUAUGAAGGGUGGUCUUGCUGCAGCUCUCGCAGCCUUGGCAUCAAUCAAGAAAAACGGUCAAAUUCCUCGCGGUGAUAUUAUUGUCGCAGCCGUGUCCGACGAAGAGGAUGCUUCUCUAGGAACGCAGGAUAUCAUCGCAGCCGGGUGGCGCGCGGACGCCGCAGUUGUCGCCGAACCUACGAUGCAAGCCAUUGCAACGGCGCAUAAGGGAUUCGUUUGGAUCGAAGUUAAUAUCUUGGGAGUCGCCGCCCACGGCUCUGACCCUUCUGCAGGAGAAGACGCUAUUCUCCAUGCGGGAUGGUUCCUUAGAGCCCUUGAGCAAUAUCAAGCUCAACUCCCUUUUGAUGAUCUCUUGGGUCAGGCGUCGAUGCAUUGCGGUCUGAUCCGUGGUGGCGAAGAACCAUCCUCCUAUCCUGGUAAAUGCACGAUCACGCUUGAGUUCCGCACCAUUCCCGCCCAAACCGAAGAGUCAAUCCUGAAGGACGUGAGUGAGUUGCUGAAGAAUGUGUCCUUGGAGACUCCUCGCUUCAAGUACCAAGAGCCCUGUAUAACCAUGUCUCGGCCAACAAUGAAACUUACAAAAAACCAUCCUCUUGUGGAAAAGGCUGUUGCUUGUGCGUCUGAAGUCUUUGGGAGCGAACCUGUCGUCAAAAGCGUGCCUUUCUGGUGCGACGCUGCUUUGUUAGGUGAAGCUGGGAUCCCGUCGAUCGUGUUUGGACCUUCUGGCGAGGGAUUGCAUAGCAAGGAGGAAUGGGUCGAGGUCGAGAGCUUGAUUCAGAUGGAAAAGACUUAUAGAUCUUUGGCCUUAGACAUCUGUGGUUGA